CUUCGAUCGAUAAAUGAUACAGUGGGUGCGAAACGACGGCCGUGUAUAAUUAUGGUGUGUAGCUAAGGUUACUGUAUUAUUACUUGGCAACUAUUGAGAUGUCGAAUUCCAAUAAUAUACAGAAAGCGAUUGCACUAGUUGCAAAGGCCACAGAAGAAGACAAGGCAAAAAAUUAUGAAGAAGCAUUAAGACUUUAUGAAAAUGGGGUGGAGUACUUUAUACAUUGCAUCAAAUAUGAAGCCCAUGGAGACAUAGCAAAGGAAAAAAUCAGAGCGAAAUGUAGCUCAUAUCUAGAACGAGCCGAGCAGUUGAAAAAACACCUUGCCAAGAAACAAAGUAAGAAAAAGGGCAAUGAAAAUGAAGGAAGGAAACAUAACAACAAUUAUGCCAGUGGCGGUGACAAUGAAGAGAAUAAAAAAUUGCAAGGCCAGCUUCAAGGUGCAAUUGUUAUGGAGAAACCAAACGUUCAAUGGUCAGAUGUCGCAGGUCUUGACGCAGCCAAAGAGGCUUUGAAAGAAGCUGUUAUUCUACCAAUCAAAUUCCCUCACCUUUUCACGGGCAGGCGUCAACCAUGGCGAGGUAUCUUGCUAUUCGGGCCCCCAGGUACGGGUAAAUCUUACUUAGCAAAAGCAGUGGCAACAGAGGCUAAUAAUUCGACCUUCUUUUCCGUGUCAUCUUCAGAUUUGGUGUGUAAGUGGGUUGGAGAAAGUGAACGGUUAGUGAAGCAGCUCUUUGAAAUGGCUCGUGAUCACAAACCCUCCAUCAUCUUCAUCGAUGAGGUAGACUCGAUGUGCGGUGAACGUGGGAGUAAUGAGAGCGAAUCAGCCAGGCGUAUCAAAACGGAGUUCUUGGUACAGAUGCAAGGUGUUGGUAACAACAAUGACGGUAUUCUGGUAUUAGGCGCUACCAACAUUCCAUGGGUCUUAGAUUCAGCAAUCCGAAGAAGGUUUGAAAAGAGAAUCUUCAUUACCCUACCAGAAGAAUCAGCAAGGACGCAUAUGUUCAGAAAUCUUAUGGGCACAAUAAAAUCGACGCUGAAGGAAAGCGACUACAGAGAUUUGGGCAAAGGAAGUGCAGGUUACUCAGGAGCAGAUAUCAGUAUUGUUGUAAGAGAUGCUCUGAUGCAACCAGUAAGAAAGAUUCAAUCUGCCACUCACUUUCGGCGUGUACGUGGAGCUAAUCCAAAUGACCCUAAUGUUAUAGUAGACGACCUAUUGGAGCCGUGUUCUCCAGGCGCAUUAGGCGCAAUUGAGAUGAAUUGGACAACUGUCCCAGCUGAAAAACUCAUUGAGCCACCUGUCACAAUGAAUGAUCUAAAGAGUUCAUUAAAAGACACGAGGCCUACUGUUUUUGAAGACGAUAUUGAAAAGCUUUCCGAGUUCAUGAAAUACUUUGGAGAAAAGGGUUAACACAUAUUCGUGGUAGGAGGAUGGCUGAAAUGCUGAAGAGUCAAAGUUAGCAUCAUUAUAAUCAAAGAACACAUUAUACAGUACAAGAUCAUGGCUAAAAGUAAUUCGCUCCAGUUAAAAAGUCACCUGUUCCAGUUUAAAAUAGCCAGGCCAAAUUAAAAAGACGUGAAUGAUAGUAGUCUGGUCUAAAAUAAUAAAAUGCAUAGGUCAAAAACUAGUAUUGUUCCACUACGCAUUAGCAAAAACUAAUCGGAAUUAAAUUCUCAAAGAAGCCCGGAUGGUACAGUUGGUAAGGCGUCUACAAAAAACAGUAGAAGGAUUGUUCUAAUUCUGGCUGGGGAAAUGUUUUCAUAAUGUUAGAGAGACGGAGAGGGGAGGAGGGGAAGGGGUGGAGAGAGAUUAAAAAUGUAUGUAUACAGUAUAGCAGUAUGCAGUAUAGGAAUACGAUUUUCAUAUUUGUAAAAGAGUUUCCCCAAUAAUGUUAUAUUUCACAAUUGUUUGGGACGCUGUAAUUGGUCUUGUGAACACCAUUGGGUUUUCACUUAAUGGUUGAAUGUAUACUGUUAAAUAUAUUAAAGAGUUUAUAAUGUCUAAUUCGAGAGACUCUUUUCUGAUUGUGUGGCAUUACAAAGUGCUCUAUAAUAAAGUCCAAACAAAAUAAUUAAGACAAACCAUUAAUUGUAUAAUCAUUAGUAGGCCUAUAGUCUCUUAAAGGAUGAAUACUAGAUACUUUUCAGAAUUUGGCAACUCUCUUUACGAGUAGAAGUGCUUGCAUUAAUUAGAAAUAAAUGGUCAAAUGACAUAAACCUUAAACUACAACUGGUUUUUUGGAUUUAAAUAGUCUUAUUCCAUUGCUAUGCAACAAAGUUUGUUCAACAAGUCAAAAUGUUUAACCGCAUUGUGGCUAUGUUAGAAGAAUUCAGGUAAAGGUUGGGCGACACAAUCUCUGCAGCUCGUUGGCUAUUGACACUGUCACAUCCUGUAGCUUUUAUUGCAAUAUCAGACAAUCCAUUAAUGUAUGAGAUUUUAAAUUAAAUAUUUUAUUUAACUGUUAACUGUUGACUAUUAACUGUGCACCAGUCCUCCAUAAAUGAUAACGAAGAAAUGUAACUUAAGGAUAACCCACUUACCCAAACAUUAUUCGCAUAUGCAAAUUAGUAAGAGAAGACGUGAAAUUAUCUGUCACCAAUACAAAAUAUUAUGACGUCAACUCUGUUUAUAGACAUGAACUUUGUUAUUGCAAUCUUGUGACACUCGCUCAAUAUUCUCAAUUUCAUUGUCAGUAUAUCCAAAAAAAACUUUAAAUUACCGAAGUAAAGCGUCGUAACAGUUAAUGCUGAAAGAAAAUGAGCUUAUCUAAAUCAUAGAGAGGACAGAUUCCAACAAUAACCCUAUGCAGGCAAAGAGGCGAUUUUUAAACUGAAAACAUUCAAUCUCACUCUUUUAUUUUCAAACAUGUUAUAUUACUUUAGAAUACUGAUUAUUGAAAAUUUAGAGAGCAGAAACCAAAAAAUAAUAUAUUCUCAUUUUUUAGAACUUACAUAAAAAUCUCUUUCAACCUAAACAAUUAUUAGUCCUACUGUACAGGACGACUUUACUCCUGAUUACUUUGUUAUUAAACCAAAUACAUGCAUACAUAAUUCAGAUGAUGCACAAUCACACUUUAUUUUAUAGCAGACGAUUGUUAAGCAGCUAAUGUAAAAUACAAUAUUUUUGUAAACUAACUAAAUAAA